AUGGGUGAUUUAAACUCGGUCACUUGCUGCAUAUGGGUAUUGAUGUCUACUCUUCUGACGUCUGGUAUGGUGUUGAUUCCUCCAAAGUUACAUGAUUCGUCGUCGCAGGAUUACGACUUGAACCAGUUGAACUGGACCUCAAUAUAUGAUUCUUCAGACCCAUCAAGUUAUCUAGCUCUUGUUCACGAUCCAAAUGAAGAAGAGUUUAUGAUGCAUCAUAUUUCAAGAAAUUUAUUGGACGUCACGAAGGAUCUUCUCAAUUACUCGCCACGAUCUGCUGUAGUUGAACUGAACGUAAAUCAACGUCUGAAUGUUUUGCAAAGUCUGCAACCUAGAGACAUCGAAGGAUUUCUUUCUCAACAAGCUGUUGUCAUUCCUCCUCAACAAAAGUUGACUUGUCACCAAGGUACUCAAUACUAUAGAACAUUCGAUGGAUCAUGCAAUAAUUUUUAUAAUCCAUGUUGGGGUAAAACUGAACAGCCUUACAGACGAUGGUUACAGCCAGCUUACGCAAAUGGUGUGGAUGAGCCAAGACGACGAGCGAAUGGUUUUCCUCUUCCAAAUCCACGCCAUGUAUAUCAGUGGGUGUCCAGUCAGUUUGAGCAAACGCAAGAAACGGCGCAUCCUUACAUGAGUAACUUAGUUAUGGUAUGGGGGCAAUUAGUGGCUCACGAUAUUGUAUUAACUCCAGCUGUUACCAUGAAAGUUUGGGAUGGACAGAAGUUCAAGAAUGAAAAGCCCAAUUGCUGCGAUCCAACAACUCCUCAUCCUGACUGCAUGCCAAUCAUGGUCGAUUUUGAUGAUAGUUUUUACACUUCGGGACACUGCAUGAAUAUAGUUAGAUCUAUAGCAUACACGUACAGUCCGAAUUCUUGCUCUCCAUUAAAGCUAGGUACGCCUCGGGAGCAAUUGAACCAGAUAACCAGCUUCUUAGAUGCUUCUCUUGUAUAUGGUACAUCAGAGAAAGAAAUGAGAAUGCUGAGAGAAAAUGAUGGUUUAGGAGCAAAAUUAACUAUGGAUUACUCUUCACGAUGGAGCAAACCGCUUCGGAAGAAUGCGACAAACUGCAAGUCAUGGAACAGUGUAUGUGAUAAAAGGUGUUUUUUGACAGGUGAAAAACGUGCAAAUGAAAAUCCAGUUCUUGGUUCGCUGCACACUAUCUGGGCUAGAGAACAUAACCGUCUAGUUGAUUUGUUACGAAUAAGAGGAUGGCCCGAAGAUACUCUCUUCCAUGUAGUUAGAAAAAUUGUUGGAGCUCUUUUUCAACACAUCACUUAUAAGGAGUAUAUACCUCUUAUUAUCGGAACUUCUCUUGCGGGAGCGAUGCAGCUAAGUGUUCCUACUAACAACUAUCAGUAUAAUCCAACAGUUGAUCCAACCAUUUUCAAUUCCUUCGCCACAGCAGCUUUUCGGUAUGGACACAGCAUGAUUGGAUCCCAAACGAAACGGAGGGGUCGAACUCUGAGAAGCAGUCCUUUCCUAAGCCAAGACUUUUUUUCCAUGGAUGAUUUUUGCCCAAUAGAGGAAGAUCCCGUAGCCAACCUAAUUAAUGCUCAAUUGGACCAAAUAGUACAAAAAGUAGAUUGCUUAUUUUCAAAACAGGUAACAAACCACUUAUUUUCUAAAGAUAUCAACGGCAGAGGGUUGGAUCUUUUUUCACUUAAUAUCCAAAGAGGACGAGACCAUGGCAUUCCUCCCUACAACAAAUGGCGAGAGAGUUGUGGCCUUCCUAAAGCAAAUGAUUACUCCGACUUGAAAGGCAUCAUUCCAGACUAUAUCUUAGAAAGAUUAAAAUAUGUUUACGGCCCAGGUCAAAUAGAUGAAGUAGACCUUUUUGUUGGAGGGGUGUCAGAGUUUCCAGUCAAUGAUGGCAUUCUAGGUCCUACUUUUACAUGCAUCGUUGCGAAUCAGUUUAAAAACUUGAAAUUUGGAGACAGAUUUUGGUAUGAAAAUACUAAUCAUCCCGGAGCGUUCACUAAUGAACAAAUAGAGUCAAUACGGAAGACCACGCUUGCUUCUUUAUUAUGCCGGAACUCUAAUAUCCAGGAAAUACAACGGAUGGCAUUUAUUUUACCUUCGAACGAGAAUCCAAUGACGUCUUGCGAGAUAAUUGUCCAGCAAGCUGACAUAGACAUCAAUAUUUGGCAAUGA